AUUAAUUUCAAUUGUUUGACAUGUCUGUAUAAUGCUCAUCACUAAUACUGAAGAUCACCUCGACCUGGCCAAUAGGACGUCAUUUUUCCACGACAAUGUCGUUGUGUUGGAGAUCGACAAUAUGCUGUCUGGAUGGCCGACUUAUACCCUCGAUUUUACACCGGAACACCCGGGCCCAUUGAAAAUUAUACUAUGGUUGAAGGAUGCUGUAGAGUUCAGGAUGAUCGAAGAUAAAGAUAGUGAUGACGAAGCUGAUGAACAAGCCAAGAGUGAAUCACAGCCUGUCGCUGAGGAUCCAGACACUACGAUGGUCUGUGAGCCAACACCGGCGUCCAGGGACUCAAACAUGCCUCAGCGCAUCAGCGCAAAGCCUGUUGUGCUGCAUGUCAUCCCCACGGAUCCUCCCAGCAUCGUCCAUAUACAGAAGAAAUUCCAGGACGAGCAUGACUAUACGUGGCCUCCCCGCCGUGGGUUCAGGGAAAGCUCUACCACAAUGCGAAUCACUCAGAUUGAUGCACUCAUGACCUUACCCGCAGCUGUAGAAGCCUUAAAGCUCGAUUAG